CAGUUUAUUUUUUUCUUCAACGAGGAGCCACUUGGUAGUUCCAAAGAAACUGUUGGAAAUGCUAAUGUUGUGAAACUGACAUAUUCAAUGUUAUAAUGAUUAAUAGUUAAGUAAUGAGGUAUAUAAUUGUAUUGAGCAAUAGAAAUAACUUAUGGAAAAAUAUCUUUUAACAAGGAUGUUUACUCUAAUCCUCAUCAGCUUUGGAGAAUAGCUGUGAGACUUGACUUAAAGACUUUUGUCUUUUGACAGGACUUGACAUGGAAACAUUUGGGAUCUAUAAUUUAUAAAUAUAGGCUUCAUGUACUGGACUGAUGUAACUAACUAUUGGCCUUCAAUUUAAGUGAUACUUGGACAUGACAUGCUCACCAAGCUAAACUGCAAGAGCCUUUAAUCUUUUAUCCUUUCAUUAACACCAUUGCUCUUAUUUGCAUGUGCUUCAUAUGAACAUGGCUAAAAGUUAAUGGCUGAUUAAUGUCGUCUCAGCAGUGCACACCAGGAAUGUGUUAAUGUGUUUCCUUGUAGAAGUCUCUCUGUAAAAAACAAAAAGUGCAGUGAUAUUGUGGAACAAGUUAUUAGGGUAUUAUUGGUAAACAUUUUCUUAAAAAAUAUAGCUUUAACCUGUAAACUUGUGGUCAAGCAGUUACUGUGAUGCGUCUUCACAUGAGCUGACUGAGGUCUGAAUCCGGUUCCUUUUGUUGGCAGGAUCCUUGAUCAAACUAGCACACCCACUGACUGACGAGCCGCUGUCACAAGACGGGAGGGCGGAGUCACCGAGUCAGAGUCCGCGUCCGCAGCAGUACAACAGGGUGUGGAUACCAGAUGCAGAUCAUGUUUGGAAAUCAGCCGAGAUUAUGAGAGACUUUCAUAUUGGGGAUAAUGUUCUUGAAUUGCUUCUUGAAGAUGGCACUGAGCACUACUACCCAGUCGACCCAUCAAAACCACAACUGCCUCCACUCCGCAACCCAGACAUCUUGGUGGGAGAGAAUGACCUCACUGCUCUCAGCUACCUGCAUGAACCUGCAGUACUACACAACCUUAAAGUGCGAUUUGUGGAGUCCAGAAUCAUCUACACUUACUGUGGUAUUAUACUGGUGGCCGUAAAUCCAUACAAACAGCUUCAUAUCUAUGGAGAUGCAGUCAUUCAUGCCUACUCAGGCCAGAACAUGGGAGACAUGGACCCGCAUAUAUUUGCAGUGGCAGAGGAGGCUUACAAACAGAUGGCCAGAAACCAUAAGAACCAGUCUAUCAUCGUCAGCGGUGAAUCUGGAGCUGGUAAAACAGUUUCUGCUCGAUACGCAAUGAGGUACUUCGCUGUUGUGAGCAAAUCAGGAAGUAAAACUCGAGUUGAAGACAAAGUCCUGGCAUCCAAUCCUAUAACAGAGGCAAUAGGAAACGCCAAAACCACCAGAAAUGACAACAGCAGCCGUUUUGGGAAAUACACAGAGAUCAGCUUUGACAAGAGGUACCGGAUCAUUGGAGCGAACAUGAGGACCUAUCUCCUAGAGAAAUCCAGAGUCAUUUUUCAGGCAGACGACGAGCGAAACUAUCACAUAUUCUACCAGAUGUGUUCCUGUGCUCACCUGCCAGAGUUCAAACGUCUAAGACUGUUGAGUGCAGAUAAGUUCCGGUACACCUGCAUGGGCGGUGAGAUCACUAUUGAAGGUGUGGACGACAAGAAAGACAUGGAGGAGACUCAGCGGACCUUCUCACUGCUCGGGUUAAAAGAGGACUUUCAGUCAGAUGUGUUCAAAGUUUUGGCGGCCAUUCUGCAUUUGGGAAAUGUGGAAAUCAGAAACUCUGGAGAUGGAAAAUCAUCAGUUCCUCCCAGUGAUCCACACCUGGAAAUCUUCUGUGAGCUGCUGGGCAUAAGCGCUGAGGAGUUGGCGCGUUGGCUGUGCCACCGGAAGAUCGUUCUGGUGGCUGAGACGGUGGUGAAGCCAGUGCCCAAAGAGCGGGCAGUAAAUGCCAAAGAUGCCCUUGCCAAACAGAUCUAUGCCCAUCUGUUUGACUGUAUUAUUAACAGGAUAAAUACAGCACUAAAGGUUCCAGGAAAGCAACAUGCUUUCAUUGGUGUUCUGGACAUUUAUGGCUUUGAAACAUUUGACAUCAACAGCUUUGAACAGUUUUGUAUCAACUACGCAAAUGAAAAGCUUCAACAGCAAUUUAACUUGCAUGUGUUCAAGCUGGAGCAAGAGGAGUACAUGAAAGAGGACAUCCCGUGGACGCUGAUAGAUUUCUAUGACAACCAGCCGGUCAUUGACCUAAUAGAAGCAAAAAUGGGGAUCCUGGACUUGCUUGAUGAAGAAUGUUUGUUUCCACAGGGCACUGACCAAAGCUGGCUGCAAAAGCUGUUCAACUAUCUUCAUGCCAAUCCUCUGUUUGAGAAGCCGAGGUUAUCAAAUGAUGCAUUUGUGAUUCAACACUUUGCAGAUAAGGUGGAAUAUCAGUGCAGAGGUUUUCUUGAAAAGAACAGAGAUGCUCUCUAUGAUGAACUGGUUGACACUAUGAGAGUCAGUAAGUUUCCUUUCCUGGCCAACUUUUUCCGAGAGGAGGGGCAAAGCACUGUGAACAGUAAAGGUGUCAAAGUGAGGCCUGCCAGGCCUGGAGUGAAACCAGCCAAUAAACAGCUGAGAACCUCAGUGGGAGAUAAGUUCUGCAGCUCCCUCUCUUUACUGAUGGAAACACUGAAUGCUACCACCCCACACUAUGUACGCUGCAUUAAGCCCAAUGAUGAAAAGCUCCCAUUUGAAUAUGACUCCAGGCGGGUGGUGCAGCAGCUGCGAGCCUGUGGAGUCCUUGAAACUAUUCGUAUCAGUGCACAGAGCUAUCCGUCCAGGUGGACAUACAUUGAGUUUUACAGCCGAUACAGUAUCCUAAUGUCACAUCUGGAGGCUGACCUCAGUGACAAGAAACAGACCUGCAAGAAUGUGCUGCAGAGGUUGAUUCAGGACCCCAACCAGUUCAAGUUUGGUCGGACAAAGAUCUUCUUCCGAGCCGGUCAGGUAGCUUAUCUUGAGAAGCUGCGUCUGGACCGACUGAGAGGAGCCUGUGUGACCAUCCAGAAACAUGUCCGCGGGUGGAGCCAGAGGAGGAAGUACCUGCGUAUGAGACAGGCUGCCAUCAUCAUCCAACAGUACAUCCGUGGGGAGAGGACAAUCCGUAAAACUGUGAGUGCUGCAACAUUGAAGCAGGGCUGGGCAUCAGUGGUGAUCCAGAGAUACUGGAGAGGUUACCGCAUGAGACAGAUUUACCAGUUGGUCCGUCUGGCCUCCAUCACCAUCCAGGCCUUUACACGAGGUUGGAUGGCCCGUAAACAGUACAAGAAGAUGAUGGAGGAGCAGAAAGCUCUGAUACUACAGAAGUAUGCCAGAGCGUGGCUGGCACGACGGCGUUUUCAAACCAUGCGUCGGCUGGUUCUCAACGUUCAGCUCUCCUACAGGGUACAGAAGCUCAAAAAGAAGAUUGAAGAGCAGAGCAAAGAGAACCGUGGAUUGAUGGAAAGACUGACAAGCUUGGCCAAUUCCCAUUCUCAUACCGUGGACAGGCUUCAGGUUGUAGAGACACAGCUGGAAAAAUCAACCAACCAGAGGGCGUCUUUGGAGGCGAGAGAGAAGAAAGCAAAAGAAGAUGCUACUCUGACAACUGCCCAGCUCAAGAAAGAAAUAGAUGCUCUCAACCUUGAAAAGCAGAACUUGGAGAAGAAGUUUGAAACUUCCACCAAAGAGGCCAAAGAGAGCUUUGAUCAAACAAAGAGGGACCUCCUGGAGGAGAAAGAAUAUGAAGCAAGGCUCAGAAAAAUUGCAGAGAACAACGCUGAGAUCCAGAGACAGGACCAUGAGAAGGAGGUGGAAAAUCUGAAAGAGGAGAUUAAGAGAUUGAAAGAGGAGAGAGUCAGUCUGCACAGAAAGAUUGAGGAGGCGGGCCAGGUUAACUCUGACCUGCAGGAUCAGAACAUCCAGCUCACCAAACACGUCAAGAUCAUUCCCGAGCUACGCAGGGAUCUCAACAACCUGCAAAACCAGAGAAAUACCAUGGACCGAAAGAUAAAGCAACAGUCAGAACAAGCAAGAGCUAAAAUGGCCGAUAUUACGAGACGACUUCUUGGUGGUGUUGUCGAAGAAGAAGUUCUUUUGGGGCUAACUCCAGAUGACUCUGAGAAGAUUUAUGAAGUUGAAGAUUUGCUGGCAGCCUUCGAUGGGCUGCAGAAAGCAUCCAGAAUACUGGAAAACCACCAGAGGGAGCAGAAGGAGAGCUAUGAGACCCAGAUGGAGGGCUUGAAAUUGAAAGUGGACCACCUCCAAAAUGAGAACAGCAAGUUGCAAAGCCUGUUCCAGGAGAAAAGUAAUGUCAAUGAGAGCAUUCGCCAAGAAGUGUCCAGGCUCAGCAGCGAGAACUCAGUUAUUCCAGAGCUGAAACUGCAGGCUUCAGAGCUGCAGAGACAAAAACAAGAGUUGGAGGCCCGUAUAGAGGAGCAGAGCAGAGAACUAGAGGAAAAAACUGAGGAGAUCACUAGCAUUCUUCAAAGGAAGAUUAAAGAAGAGAGCUUACAACGCAGGCACUUUGAGGCGAAAGCUGAAGAGCUGGAGGAGCUGAAGAGGGAGCUUCAAGGCAGAUUAGAGGAGCUGGAAGAGGACAAUGAUCACCUGAAGAGACAGCUGCUGAUGGAGAUGGAGGCCAAGAACAAACUGAGACAGGAGACUUCACAGUUGACUGCUGAGAACAUGGACUUUGAAGAGCAGCUUGACCAGAAAGACAGAGUAAUAAGGAAACUCCUGAAUCAAAUAAAAAGCCUUGAAACAUCACAGAGAGCAAUGAAGCAAACAUCUACGCCUGCCACUCCCAAAGAUUACCUCGGCAUGUUGGAGUACAAGAGAGAGGACGAAUCCAGGCUCAUUCAAAACAUUAUUCUGGACCUGAAGCCCAAAGGUGUGGCAGUCAGUAUGAUCCCUGCCCUGCCUGCUAACAUCCUCUUCAUGUGCGUCCGCCACGCUGACUACCUGAACGACGAAUUCAAACUCAAGUCUCUUAUGAACGGGAUCAUCGGAGGUGUCAAAAAGGUCGUCAUGAAUUACCACAAAGACUUUGAGCUGCUGUCGUUCUGGCUCUCAAACACAUAUCAGCUGCUCAACUGCCUGAAGCAGUACAGCGGGGAGGAGGAGUUCAUGAAACAAAAUACUCCUCGCCAGAAAAAGAACUGCUUGAAGAAUUUUGACUUGUCUGAGCACAGACAGAUUCUCAGUGACCUGGCUAUUCAAAUCUACCAUCAGUUUCUCUCGGUCAUGGAGAAGACACUUACUCCUGCAAUAGUACCCGGUAUGUUGGAGCACGAGAGCUUACAGGGGAUUUCCAGCAUGAAGCCGACAGGCUUCAGGAAGCGGUCCAACAGCAUCUAUGAGGACUCGGAGACGCACACCAUCUCUACCAUCAUUCAGCAGCUCAGUGUCUUCCACUCCACUAUGAGCCAGCAUGGCAUGGAGCAGGGCCUCAUCAAACAGGCUGUCAAGCAAAUGUUCUUCCUUAUUGGUGCAACCACCCUCAACAAUAUCAUGCUCCGCAAAGAUAUGUGCUCCUGCAGGAAGGGAAUGCAAAUCAGGUGUAACAUCAGUUACCUGGAGGAAUGGCUGAAGGAGAAGGACCUGCAAAGCUCUAAUGCUAUAGAUACCCUGAGGCCGCUGUCUCAGGCCGCCUGGCUACUGCAGGUCAACAAGUCCACUGAUGAUGAUGCCAACGAGAUCACUGAAAAAUGCACUGAACUCAACCCCGUUCAGAUUGUCAAGAUUUUGAACUCCUACACACCCAUUGACGAUUUUGAGAAAAGAGUGACAUCGUCAUUUGUCCGUAAAGUUCAGUCAUUACUACAAGAUCGUGAAGGAUCCACACAGCUGAUGGUCGACUCGGAUUAUCGCUUCCAGGUCAUGUUUCCUUUCUGCCCAUCCUCGCAGGCUCUGGAGCUGCUGCAGGUCCCGAGCAGCCUUCAUCUGGGCUUCCUAACCAGGAUCUGAAAACCUUCAACCCUUUACUUCCCAUGACUGAAUGAUAGUCCAGUGGCCUAUGACUGUAUUUUAUUGUAAAUUUAAAAAAAUAUGUGAACACUUUAAAUAAACAAUGAACACUAAAUGUAUAUUAAAAUCCUAUUUUUAUUUAGGAUUUUUUGAAAUACGUAGGUCAUGUCCCCCAAUGCACAACCUCCAAAAGGAAAUCAUUUUUAUAAUAAUUUAUUUUAUUUUCAGAACUUAUUUCUUCACACAUUUUUAAUAGAUCUGCAAUCACUAACGAUUAAUUAUUCUAGGAUACUUCCAAUGUUUUUCAGGCCAAGAAACCCUUAGCUGAAAUAGAGAUCGAGCAAGGACCCCUUACUACAUGUAUGGAAUUGAGUUGCAUGUUAAUCUGGGCCUACAAUAACGUGUAGGGCAGCCUAAAGUGCCAUGUAUAAACAUAUCCCUUUAUGGUGUAUACAAUGCUUAGCUAUUAAAAUAAGAAUUAUUAGUAAAUUCUCUUUUUUACAGCAUGUUUGUUUCUGAGGUGAAUGUUAUGUCAGAGUGCUGUAGAAGUUAAAAAACGAUCUAAUGUGGCUCACAAGAAUGUGUGUAUACUUGAAAUACUAACACAGCUACUUGGCCAAUAUGUUUCAAUAAUACAUAAAUGCUGGCUAACAGAUUUGCCUCAUGGACAGGUGCUGCACAAUGAUUUUGUUUUAACAGUGUGUAAUGUGUAUUUUUUGACAGAUUUUUAAUUUUAUUUUUAAAGAAACCUCUCUAAGUAAAACUUAAAUCACAUGAUCAAACAAUAAUUUUAUGCCUCUUCCCUGCAUUAAAUAACAGGACCCUCUUGGGGUCACAGACCCCCUAUUGAAGACCCAGGGAUUAUUUGAUCCACAGAAAAUUAAAGCAGCAACUAUUUUUAUUAUUGACUAAUUAUUUAAAUCAUUUUUCAAUCAAAACUCCAACCUUUCUCUGGUUUCAGUUGCUCCAGUGUGAGUAUUUGCUGCAUCUUUUGUUGUUGUUGUUGUUGUUGUUGUUGUUUUAAUUAUUGUAAUUGGUAUUGCUAUUUCAAAGUACUCGGGCGUGGAAUUUAAUAAUUUCUUUAAUAUUUUUUUUCUGGAUAAUAAGAAGCCAAAUUUAAAUAUAAUGAAUCAAUUAAACACACCCCAUUUAAGGACAUAACCCCAGUAUUGUCAGCUCUGUUGUAAUGUAAAAGUGGAAUUAUUAAAACUCAUCAAUAUGUUUAAUCAUUAAAAAUAAUACUAAUAACAAAUAUCUUUAUAUAU